GGUCCUCCACCCCAGGGUGGCCAGAUAAAAUUUACGAUAGCUGAUACUUUAGAACGAAUAAAGGAGGAAUUCAAUUUUCUGCAGGCGCAAUAUCAUACGUUAAAAUUAGAAUGUGAAAAAUUAGCAAGCGAAAAGACUGAAAUGCAACGGCACUACGUUAUGUAUUACGAAAUGUCAUAUGGCCUUAAUGUGGAAAUGCACAAGCAGACUGAAAUAGCGAAACGCCUAAAUGCAAUUAUAGCUCAAGUGCUGCCGUUUUUGGCCCAAGAACACCAACAGCAAGUGGCCACUGCCGUCGAAAGGGCCAAACAGGUCACGAUGACCGAACUAAACGCCAUUAUCGGGAUGGGUGAGCGCUUAAUGAUCCACAGAAACAUGGAGCAACAACAACAACAAGGUCUACAACAGUUGCUUGUAAGUAGUUCUUUAGAGUACCUAUUGUUGUUUGUUGAGCAGCAACAAAUCCACGCACAACAAUUGCCGCACGGAGCGCACGGUCCAGGACUCCCCAUGGGCCCCCAUCCCGGCUUGCCUGGCAUGAACCCGGCUGCUGGUUUGCUCGGUUUCGGAGCCGGACUAGGCGCCGGGGUUCCAGGGGCACCCGGAGGGCCACACGCUGUCGCUGCCGGCGCCCAUCCGCUGCUAAAGCCCGCCGAUCUACAUGGAAGAGAGCCCAGCGAUCUUAAGGGACCUGGAAGCACGACUGCAGAGGAACGUUUGAAUUCUGUAUCACCGGGAGAUAGAGACAAAUACAGAUCACGGUCACCUCCAGACGCGGAAUCAGCAAUAAAAAGGAGGAAAGAAGAAAAACUGGGACACGAAAGUGAUGGUGAAAAAAGCGAUCAGGAUUUGGUUGUAGAUGUCGCUAACGAAGAAGCCGUUUCGCCUCACACAAAUGGAGAUCAUCCGGCUUCGAUAGGCAAUUCUAGUGAAAUAAGGGAAAACGGAAGUACAAACGGUGACAAAAUAAAAGUUGAACGACCGCCCAGCAGAAGCGGGUCGUCUUCAUCAAGAAGCACGCCCUCCCUGAAAAGUAAAGAUGAAAAACCCCUGACCCCAGGGUCCAAGCCACGCUCAACAACCCCCAACCUGGGCGCUGGUCCGGGCGGGAGCGGUCCCAAAGUGGGUCCGAUGGGUCAGUAUCCUCCGUACCCGAUAGGAGGUGCUCGAGCACCUGAGCACCUUUCACCUUACAACAACGUGGCGGCGUCGCCUUACGGCCGGCCGCCCAUGAUGGGUUACGACGGCCAUCCACACACCCGUGCACCAGGUAUCGCCACGAACGGAAUGGGCGCCAUGGGAGCUGGUGGAAAGCCUGCCUAUUCAUUUCACAUGAACGGCGAGGGUCAGCUCCAGCCAGUGCCGUUUCCCACUGAUGCCCUCAUCGGUCCCGGAAUACCGCGUCACGCGCGACAAAUAAACACGCUGACGCACGGCGAAGUGGUCUGCGCCGUGACCAUUUCGAAUCCCACUAAAUACGUGUACACUGGUGGCAAAGGCUGCGUAAAGGUCUGGGAUAUCAGCCAACCUGGCAGCAAAUCUCCUCAAAGAGACAACUACAUUAGAUCUGUAAAGCUAUUGCCGGACGGUAGAACCUUAAUAGUUGGGGGUGAGGCAAGCAAUCUGUCAAUAUGGGACUUGGCGAGUCCGACGCCGCGAAUCAAGGCCGAACUGACGUCGAGCGCGCCUGCCUGCUACGCGUUGGCGAUCAGCCCCGACUCGAAGGUGUGCUUUAGCUGCUGCAGCGACGGCAACAUCGCCGUGUGGGAUCUGCACAACCAAUCGCUCGUCAGGCAGUUCCAAGGCCACACGGAUGGCGCGUCAUGCAUCGAUAUCUCCUCCGACGGCACGAAGCUGUGGACGGGUGGUUUGGAUAACACAGUGCGUAGCUGGGAUCUGCGCGAGGGCAAGCAGCUGCAACAGCACGACUUUAGCUCGCAGAUAUUCUCGUUGGGGUAUUGUCCGACAGGAGAGUGGCUGGCUGUGGGCAUGGAGAACUCUCACGUUGAAGUUUUGCACGCCUCCAAACCGGACAAAUACCAGUUACAUCUGCACGAAAGUUGUGUACUUAGUUUAAGAUUCGCAACCUGCGGCAAGUGGUUCGUGUCCACUGGCAAAGAUAAUUUGCUUAACGCUUGGAGGACGCCGUAUGGAGCCAGUAUAUUCCAGUCCAAAGAAUCAUCAAGUGUACUAAGUUGUGACAUUUCAACGGACGAUAAAUACAUAGUGACAGGUUCGGGAGAUAAGAAAGCGACAGUCUACGAAGUGAUAUACUAAAUUUAUUAAUAAUAAUUUGAUGAGCCAGUGCGUGAAGUGUUUUAUUAAUUAUUUUCCGGGGCCAGCAAGACACACUUUUUUCGACAAAGAUGGACUAUAGUGUACCUUCAAAUUCGGAAAACCAUGUAGAUUCAAUUUCCUUACUUACCUACCUGCAGACUCAAGAGAGAAGCACAAUGUUUAAAUAUUUUGUAUCACAUGACAAUUAUUUUAUUAACAAACAGUGACCUACUUAAUGUAAAAUAAAUUUCCAGUAGGUUUAUUGAUGUUCUUGACCAAUUUCAGCUGGUUGUAUUUAUAGGUAAACAAAAAACAAUACAUAAUUUAUGUUUUUAAGCUAGAGAUGAGAGUACACAGUGAAUUUUGUAAAUAUGCAACAGAAUUAAUUAAUGUAAAAUCUAUAUAUUUUAAACUACAACAAUCUUCUAUAUUUUGUUCUAGGGCCUAACUAAAACCCAACAAACUCAGAAUUUUGUUGUUUUGUUUAUGGAAAACACUGCAUUUGUUAUUUGUUUACUCAGAAAAUAUUGUUACUAUGUGUGUGAACUAGAUGUCAAAAAUGGCACAAAGUGAUUUAUUACUACUUAGACUUUCCAUUUUUUUCUCGAUGUUAUUAUUACGAAACAAAGAAUUACGUAGCAUAUUUUUCGUAAUUAAAUAAAAUUAUAUUACAAUUUAUUUAUUGUGCCUUAUUUCUUCUAAUUGUGAACAGGGUAUUUUUCUAUCAAAUAAUAU